AUGUCGUCGUCAUCUCUUCGACAGCAUCAGCGUAAAUCAGUUAUGGUUGCUAGUGGACAUUCACCAUUAGGUAGACAUCACAGUGUUGCUGCUCCAGCACAUCAUCAUUCCUCAGCAACAUCAUUUGCAACUCAAAAAUUACACAAAUCACUUCCAUCACCAACAACAACAACAACAAAAACAACGACGACGGCAACAGCUAAUAUUUUAUAUGAAGAAGAUACUAGUCAAUUAGAUGAAAAAAGCUUAAAUAGUUUUUUCAGUUUCCAACAUCAACUUAGUAAUUUUCAUCAUUCAUCUCUAGAUCAAAAAAUGAAUGAGAUACAUAUGCCACGUUCAACACGUCAUUUAUGUGGUUCAAUUAUUCCUUUACAAUCAUCAACAUCGUCACCAAAUAUUGAUCGUCGUUCUAUAGAAAAUGAUCAUUUGCAUUCGCAUAUUUUCUCUUCUUUUUCAUUUCACAAACCUGAUCUUAAAUAUAGAAACUUGGGACGUAAUGGUUUGCGAGUAUCUCAAUUAGGCCUUGGUACUUGGGUUACAUUUGGUGGACAAAUAUCAGAUGAUGUUGCAGAAGAAUUAGUUACUGUUGCAUAUGAUAGCGGAAUUAAUCUAUUUGAUACAGCAGAAGUUUAUGCAGCUGGAAAAGCAGAAAUAACACUUGGAAAAGUUUUAAAAAAGAAAAAAUGGAGAAGGUCAAGUUAUAUUGUAUCAACAAAAUUAUUUUGGGGUGGAAAAGCUGAAACAGAAAAAGGACUUUCAAGAAAACAUAUUAUUGAAGGUUUAAGAGCUAGUCUUGAACGUUUACAAUUAGAUUAUGUUGAUAUUGUAUUUGCUAAUAAACCUGAUACCUCAGUACCCAUGGAAGAAAUUGUACGAGCAUUUACACAAGUCAUUAAUGAUAAUCUUUGUUUCUAUUGGGGAACCUCAAGAUGGUCACCAAUGGAAAUAAUGGAAGCUUAUUCAGUAGCUCGUCAAUUUAAUUUAAUCCCACCAAUAUGUGAACAAGCUGAAUAUCAUUUAUUUCAACGUGAUAAAGUUGAAGUUCAUUUACCAGAAAUAUAUCAUAAAAUAGGUAUUGGCACAAUGACAUGGUCACCAUUAGCAUGUGGUUUAUUAACUGGAAAAUAUGAUGAUGGUGUACCAUUACAUUCAAGAGCUGCACUUAAAGGCUACGGAUGGUUAAAAGAUAAAAUUUUAAAUGAUGAAGGUCGAAAACAACAAAGUAAAUUAAGAGAAUUAGCAGUUUUAGCAUCAAAAUUUGAUUGUACACUUGCUCAAUUAGCUAUUGCAUGGUGUUUAAAAAAUGAAAAUGUUCAUUGUGUAUUACUCGGUGCGUCAUCAGUUGAACAACUCUACGAAAAUAUUAAUUCAAUACAAGUUGUUUCAAAAUUAACUCCAUCAAUAAUGGCUGAUAUUGAUCGAAUACUUGGAAAUAAGCCCUCUGUACGAAUACCAACAAAAAGUGAAACAAAUUUUCAAACACAAAUUCAAAUACCACAACCACAGCGAUAA